UCAUCCUGCCUUCCUUCUACAUCUUCAACACAGCUUCCAUUCCUAAGUAACGAGAAACUACAAAUAUGGUUGCUGCCUUGUUAAAGAUGGUCACUUUGUUCGCUCUGUCUUCCCUUCUGAUCCUUAACGGAGCCAUCGGCGAUCUGAUAUGCGAGGAGUUGCCAGUAGAGCUGUGCGCCUACUCGAUCUCGGACACAGGGAAAAGAUGCGUGCUGGAGAACUACUUGGCCAGGAAGGGGAUGGUGAAGUACCAAUGCAAGACAUCGGAAGUGGUGAUGGAGACGAUGAGCGGAUGGAUCGAGGCAGAGGCAUGCAUCAACGACUGCGGCCUUGACAGAAACGUCGUCGGGAUCUCUUCUGAUUACCUCCUCUCCCCCAACUUCGUUGCCAAGCUCUGCUCCCAACCCUGUUUCAGCUAUUGCCCCAACAUCCUCGAUCUCUACUCCAACUUGGCUCAAGCUGAAGGAAUGAACUUGCGUGAUAUCUGCAUCAGGGGAAAUGCUGUUUCUCGUCGCGCAUUGUACAUUCUGCCCAAGAGUUCAGGCGGUGUUGAUGGUGGUGCUGCAGGAACUGCUGGGGAAGGAAAUGGAGCAAUUGGAGCCCCAGUCGGUUCUCCUCUGUCUUCCCCUGCUUUUCCUUUUGCGGAUGAUGGUUCUACUACUGCAUUUGCUUCUUCGCCUGACAACUUUUGAGGGAUGGUUGAAUUUACGGACUCUAUUUCAGUAUCAUUUCUAAUGUACAGAUGUAUCUUUUUGGAACAACUUUGGGUUUUACACUUCGAUUGUUAUCUCAUUUGAGUUACACUUGUUCAAUCAUUUCAGAAUUAUUCUAUGCUUGUUAUGUGAUGAUUAUGCUGAUCUUUAUUGAUAAUUCGAGUUUUGCCUUAGUAAAUUGGUUCAAUUCUU